CUGUCUUUCUUCUUUUCCUGGCAAAGUACACAAUAGCCAGUGAUGCCAGUACCUAAUCCGACGACGCCUCUGGCCGAAAAUAGGGCCGCUGCAAAGCGCCAGGCCGUCACUACUGUGUCUAUCGUGGCCCUCAUCCUCAUCCUGUGGCCAGAACGCUUCAUCAUACUGAGAAACCUUUGUCUGGUCCCCGUGGUGGCCUGGGCGACGGCACUGGUGUUUGAUCUGAAGCAUGGAGCGCUGGAUGCGUGGGACGGAGUGCCAGCAUGGCUGAAGAGAAUCAUCGGUGCAGACGACAAUAACAGCGGCAGCAACAACAACAACUACAGCAACAACUACAGCAGAAGAAAUGAGUCUAUUCACAUGAGAAACCGACAGCAUGCAUCGCCGAUGAAACUGUCUGACUAUGUGUUGACGCAUCUCGGUAACUCGGUUUCUCUCAUCAUGAGCGAGGCGGUGAGGCUCUGGGAGCUCGCUCGCCCGAUCCUGGCGGAAUGGGCGCGUCAAGCCAUCCAAUGGCUCAACUCUCAAACAUCGAUAAGCCAGGCUUCGUCAUCUGCCUCGUCUAAGAAGCCGGCUCCCAAGUUCACUCAGUACUAUGGCAUCUUGGUCAAAGCACCCCGGGGCCCCGACAUUCCUCCUCCUUUCGCGCCUCUCUUUCAGAUGCGAGACGUCCCGGGCAGUUUCGACUCGAGGGAAAGCAAGCAUGGGGCAACUGUUCCCUCAGUGCUGAGCUCUUGGGACGCCGAAUGUCGGUUGUCUCUGGUCCUAGUGGAAAAGACAGUAUGGGACGAUGGGCACCUAACGCUGCGCCGCAAACUGUCGACCGGGACGAAUUGGAGCCUGUCGCCGCCAGGACGUGGGAAAUUCGACAAGCAGAUGGAGAAGCCAGAGUUUGGCCAGAUCAAAGGCAUCGACGUGGUUGGGCUCGGCGACGGAGAGUACGAUGCUCUGCAUAAAUGUCGCCAAUGUUUCCAGCUCCUGUCUCAGGACUGGAAGUACACGAGGAUGCUCUGGGACGACGUCGACUUUGCCGUCAUCCUCGGCCUGUUAGUCCUUGGACCAGCUGCGGCCGCCAAAUGCGUCGAGCUCUACCGAUCGCUUUGCCAGCUCAGAGAGAAGCAGGCUGGCGCCGGGACGCGAGGCGCUCCUGGGCUGAGUCCCUUGCUCGUCGCGGCAGCAACGGGAAGCCUGGCGGCACCUUUUGCGUUGCCAUUGAUGGCUGCUGCCGCGGCUGCGGCUGCGAUGAAGAAGGGCGGCAAGAACGGUAUGCCGGAGCAGAGAAGAAAGGCAUAUCGAAGCCUGACGGUUCAGUUCCCAGAGCUAAAGGUGCUGUUUGAGGAGGAGGAGGGGGAGCAGAGGGAGGAGGAGGAGUGGAAGGAGGAGGAGGAAGAUUACUACAACGAGGCCUUUAGCCCGUUUGACUGGUGA